UUAUUUUGGUUUCUGCUAAACCUUGUAUACAAUUUAAGCAUAUACAAAUAGAAAAAACAUUCAUUAGGUAUUAGGCACCUAUGGCAUACUAGGCAUUGUGAGCAAGCAGGGAUUAUAACAAGGAUCCUUCCUGGAGUUUCCGCAAGUACCAAGAACGAAACAAAGAUUCUAAGUACUCAAGUCAGACUUCAUUGCUGAAAGUCUGGUGGUGGUGUGUUUGCACACUUGUGGAGGUCAUAGGAACUCUGAGCUCUCCCCCACCACCUUGUUGAAUUCAGGGCAGGAACUUGGGUCAUUGGGCCUGCAGUUAAGAUCCUCUACCUGUUCAACCAUUUGGUUGUGACACUGGAGAAUCUGCCUGUCAAUACUCCCACCCCACUUUUGUUUCCAAGAUGACAAGGGAAAGGAAUAAAGAAAGGACAAGAUUUAAGAAAGAUAGGGUUUGGGAAUGAUGGGCUGUCCUGAGAUCAUAUUGGUCAUUCUGGGCAGCCCAAUUAUAUCCAUGCACAAAAUUUGAAAUGGCCUAAUGAGACCUUCCUACCCAGAAAGAUGUGUCUCUGAAGUUAGGAUCUUGAUGCAUGAUUGAAAACAAAUGGAACAGUUAAUCCUGGCCUAGAAUCCAUAACACCUUUGUUCACUCUUAGAACAAAAAAUCUGCGAGGAGGUAAUCUGGGUCUCCUAAACCUUCACUGCUGAUUUUUUUUUUCUUUCUUUUUUUUUUUUUCCUCGAGACCGAGUUUCUCUGUAGCCUUGGCUGUACUGGAUCCCAUUGUAGAUCAGACCAGCCUCAAACUCAGAGAUCCACCUGCCUCUUCCUCCCCAGGUGUUGGGAUGUAAACACCUCUGCCAAUUCUUAAUCUAGGAGGCACUCAAGAGAUGGUCUCUGGCCAGGCAACAUUCUGAACUCUCGAAAAGAGGUGUUAGGUACUGUACUCUCUUAAUUGAUGUUCUUCAAGCCGGGCUUGGUGGCACAUGCCUUUAAUCCCAGCACUAGGGGAGGAUGCACAGAGAAACCCUGUUUCAAAAACAAAACAAAAGUAGAUGUUCUUCAGUCACUUUGAGGAGAAAAUAACCCCAAUUCACCAAGACACUGAAAUUUACUCCUUAUUUACCUCCCAGAGAGACCAAGGAACAGUGCCGCAAGAUGGACUGGAACACAUUGCGAGGUUCUCUUGCAAAACCCACAUUGUGCUUCUUGGGCCCAAGUCCUAGUGACUAGUUGUUUUCUUUAAGUCAGGAUCUCAUUGUGUAACCAUAGCUGGCCUCAAACUCAAGAGGUCCACCUGCUUCUGCCUCCCGAGUGUUGGGAGUACUGGCGUGGGCCACCACACUGAACUAUGAACCUAGCCUUCUUUUUAAACUCCGGUGAUUGGUCUCUCUAAAGGAUGUCGAGUUCUAGAUUCUAUGGGGCAAGGACCCGGACUCUGACUUCGAAAGGGCAGGGGCAGCCAUUUUAAGAUCAGGGGACCACGAAAGGGAUCGUUCCAUAGUGGAAACGCUGGGGGCCGCCAUUUUAAGAGCGGUGCUGUACCUCACCCUUGGUGCGUGCCGCUAUGCCAGUACGCAGGGGCAGCCGCCAUCUUGGACACCGGCUGCGGGCGCUGAGUCGCCCUGUCCCGCCCUUCCGCUCCUCAGGACACCUGCACCCGGAGCUGCUGUCCCUGGGCCCGCGGGAACCCACCCGCUCGGUCUGAAGUGCUCAGUGCUCUCGUGCGCCUGUGAAGGCUCCGCGGCUUCUGAGGGCUCGUUUAAACAACCCCCCACUGGGGGCGCUCGCGCGCCUCACACCCAGCGAUCUCCAUUCCUUACAAUGUCUAACCGGCUCGACUGGCCCUGUUCCCCGGAUAUGGCAAGUGUAUCGACUGAGGAGCCUCUUUCCCAAGAACGCUAACACAGGCGCUGUCCUCUGAGGCUCUGGAUGACUUUAUUCUUCAAAUGCCUUUACCUUUCCAGUAGCUCCAGUGACCCUCCAUACUGCAGAUCCAGGGAAAAUGUGAUGCUCUACAGGUGAUCAGCUUUUAGAUCACCACUUUCUAGCCACAAGUAACCUGAGUGGGGCAAUCCAGGGUGGCAGAGAUAACCAGCAGGAAGAUAAUCUAAAGAAAUGAUACACCAAAGAAGAGAAGCUGGGGAAAAAGAGACAUGCAGAGACCAGAUCAAAGGACCAGACAAAGAGGAGGAACCUUCAGCUGCCCUGUCCCAUGGCCAAGGGUGUCGUCCCUGUGGAAGACCAGCCAGAAACUCAAAGCCUGAAGCUGGGGCCAGAUCCCCAGCUGUCCCCAUCAUGGUCAAUGACCCACCAGUACCAGCCUUACUGUGGGCCCAGGAAGUGGGCCAUGUCUUGGCAGGCCGUGCCCGUAGGCUGCUGUUACAGUUUGGGGUGCUCUUCUGCACCAUCCUCCUCUUGCUUUGGGUGUCUGUGUUUCUCUAUGGCUCCUUCUACUACUCCUACAUGCCAACAGUCAGCCACCUCAGCCCUGUGCAUUUCCACUACAGGACAGACUGCGAUUCCUCCACCGCCUCACUCUGCUCUUUCCCUGUUGCCAAUGUCUCCCUGGCUAAGAGUGGACGUGAUCGGGUGCUGAUGUAUGGACAGCCAUAUCGAGUCACCUUAGAGCUUGAACUGCCAGAAUCCCCUGUGAAUCAAAACUUGGGCAUGUUCUUAGUCACUGUUUCAUGCUAUACCAGAGGCGGCCGAGUCAUCUCCACUUCUUCACGCUCAGUGAUGCUACAUUACCGCUCCCAAUUGCUCCAGAUGCUUGACACGCUGGUGUUCUCCAGCCUCCUGCUGUUUGGCUUUGCUGAGCAGAAGCAGCUCCUGGAGGUAGAGCUCUACUCAGACUAUAGGGAGAAUUCGUAUGUGCCAACAACUGGAGCAAUUAUUGAGAUCCACAGCAAGCGCAUCCAGAUGUACGGAGCUUACCUCCGGAUCCAUGCCCACUUCACUGGGCUCAGGUACCUGCUAUACAACUUCCCCAUGACCUGCGCCUUCGUGGGUGUCGCCAGCAACUUCACGUUCCUCAGCGUCAUCAUGCUCUUCAGCUAUAUGCAGUGGGUGUGGGGUGGCAUCUGGCCCCGACACCGAUUCUCUUUGCAGGUUAAUAUCCGACAAAGGGAUAGUUCACGACAUAGUGCCCAGUGUCGGAUCUCUCGCCAUCAGCCAGGCCAGGAGGAGUCUACCCAGCAGUCAGAUGUGACAGAGGAUGGUGAGAGCCCUGAAGAUCCCUCAGGAACGGAGGGCCAGCCGUCUGAGGAAGAGAAACCAGAGAAGCAGUCCCAGAAUGGAGAGGAGGAGCAAGAGCCAGAAGCUAGUGAUGGGUUUCUCUAUGUAACAGAGCUCUGGCUAUUCUGCUAUCCUGGACCAAGCCAGCCUCAAACUCACAGAGAUCCACUUGCUUCUGCUGGGAUUAAAGACUCCAUGUUCGGCUCUCUUUUCCUUCUGUGGCUUGUGGCCAUGACCACCUCCUUGGUUUCCAAAGCUCAGCUAUUGACCCCCCAAGACUACGAGGAAAAGGAAGAGGGUUAUUCGACAGUAACCACAGCUUCCCUGGCUGUCCGUUGUGACUAUGACCGAUGCCGCCACCUGCAAGUGCCCUGCAAGGAGCUGCAGAAGGUUGGGCCAGUGGCCUGCAUGUGCCCAGGGCUCUCCAGGGAGGAUCGGCAGCCAGAUCCUCCACGUCUGGGAGAAGUGCAAAUUGUGGCUGAGGAAAGCUGCGUGGUGGUCCACUGGUGUGCUCCGUUCUCUCCGGUCAGCCACUACUGGCUUCUGCUUUGGGAAAGCAAUGGGGCUCCACAGAAGAAUGGCCCCCUCAAUGCUACAGUUCGAAGAGCAGAGCUGAAGGGACUGGAGCCUGGGGGUGCUUAUGUCCUUUGUGUGGUGGCUGCUAAUGACGCUGGUGAGAGCCAUGUUCCUGAGGCAGGUGUUGAGGGUUCUGAGAACUGGACUGGUCCUUCCUUUGGGCCCUGUCACAAGCUUAUCAUGCCACCUAGGCCUACCACCUUAGUCCAUGCAGCUGUGGGAGUAGGCACAGCCCUGGUUCUGCUGAGCUGUGCAGCCCUGGUCUGGCAUUUCUGCCUUCGUGAACGGUGGGGUUGCCCCCGACAUCAAGGUACUGCCCAAGCUUCAGAAGCUCUCUGAUAGGAGUCCCUUCCACAACAAACAACUCUAGUGCAGUCCAGCCACAUCUGGAGAGCCCAACCCACUCCCAGGAGGAGUGUGGGGCUUGCUGCCAUCUGGCACCAGUGGCACAGCCAAGCCAGAGCAGAAGCCCAGGCAAUUGGCCUGGAGAUUGAGAGCUUGUUUAGUUUCUAACUGGUCACUAUGUUUCCUGUUGGGGGCUAGAAAGGAACAGCAAUUAUUCCUUGGGGGUCAGAUGCAAAUGAUUUAAGCUUUAUGGGCUUUAGGGGAUAAAAUUAUAGACAUUAUGUAUGUACUUAAAUGUAGUCAGUUAAAAUGGAGCUAUUGAAGGUCUACCAUGGUAAUCUACAAUUUUAAUCUCCAGCACCCUGAAGGCAGAGGCAGGCAGAGUUUCCAGGGCAGCUUGAUCUAUAUAGAAACAUUCCAGGCCAACCCAGAUUAUAUAGUGAGAUUCUGUCUCAAAAAAAAAAAAAAAAAAAAAAGAAAAAGAAAAAAAAGCAACAAAAGGAGGGGCGAGACAAGAGCUGGUCAGCAGUUCAAAGCACUGGCUGCUCUUUCAGAGGACCAGAGUUUUAUUCUCAGCUCCCACACUGCAGUUCACAACCAUCGGUAACUCCAUUCCCAGAGUAUCCAGCAUCUACUGAUGACCUCUGCCAGCGCCAGACAUUCACAUAUAUACAGGCAAAAUACCCAUACAGAUAAAAUUAAAAUGUAGCUAUUUAAAAUGUAAACUGUCCAUAGCUCAUAGACCUUCCAUAGCCAGAGGCAAGCCAGGUUUGGCCCAUUGGCUGGGUUUUUGCCAACACCUGUUAUAUAUUCAUAAAAGGACUCUGCAACUGUGGGUGGCUCCCACAUAUAUUCUGAGAAUAAACUUCUGUAGGAUAGGCUAUGCCCUUUUCCUACCUUUUCUUUCCUUACUAAGAAUGAGCUUGCUCAGAGUCCAACUGUGUUUGCAGAAGCUGGGGAUUAAAAAUCAACAUGGGCUGGAGGGGACAGAAGGCUCAAGCUACUGUCUACACAAGUGUUUUUGUUAGUUACUAACAGCUUACACCAAUAACUCUCCAAAAGUUUGUUUGAUUGUUUAUCCACUGUAAUAACAUUAAAGGAAAUCUAAAAGCAUUGUAUUUUCAACUUUCAUGAUCCU